AUGAAUUUAAAACCACCAUCAGAAAAUGGAAGUGUUGACAAAAUCAGUGAUAAACAAAAGAUAAAUACUCUCAAAAAGGCAGUAAUAGAAUUAAGGGAAGAGAAAUCCCAAUUAAUGAAGCAGAUUACAGAAUUAACCCUCAAAAAUAAUUAACUAACUAAAGAGAAAGAAGGCAUAGUAUGAUAUUAAUGUUAACAAACAGUAGGAAUAGAAGCCUAAUAUUGGUGUUGAAUCUAUAUAAAUAGCUAAACUCUAACAGUAAAUAUUUUUAGUAUUUUUUAAGAGAAUUAGCCUCUAUUAUUUCUAAUUACGAUGCUAGAAUUUCUAUUUUACAAAUAGCUUAUAAGGAGAUGGAACGAGAGUUGAAGUGCAAAGAGGUUUAAAACUAGAAAUUGAUAAAGGAAGCGGAGGAAAAGACAACAUUGAAUAAUCAACUCUAAAAGAAUAUCGAAGAUAUAGAGAGGGAUUUAUAUAACAAGAUUAAGGAUUUAAAAGCAGAGAAGAUUGAGAUUCAAUUGUAAUUGAAGACUUUAGACAAGGAAAUGCUAUAGAAAGAUGAGGAAUUGAGAGUAAUACAUAAGGGAUUGGAUGAUUCAAGAUUCACAGUGGCACAAUUGUAAGGAGAACUUGAAGAAACAAGGGGCAAGUUUAUUUAAUAUAAACUGAUAAUGCAUAAUCAACUUUUGGAUAUUGAGUGUCUGUUUAUUUUAAGACAAAAUCUAUUUAAUGAUUACAUAUUCGAGUUAGAAACAGGUGCUUAAAAAUUCUAAUAUAAGGCGAAUGAAAUUUCUGACUUGAAGAUUAAGGAUGAAUCCUCUUUCACCUUGUCUAUGAAAUCAAGAAGCAGGGAAGAAGUCUUCGUUAUUAUGCCCAAUCAGGAUUUGAAAAAGAUCUGUAAAUCUAUUAAGUACGUCUAUUCUCUAUUAUAGAAACUUUCUAUUAAAAGCAUAGCAAUAUUAAAUCCAUUAGUAGCCUACUCAUCCAUAAAGUCCAAAAAACAAUGGGUUCUUAGGAGGACUGAUGUCCAUUUUUGGAAGUACUCAAUUGAAGAAUGGAAGCAAUACAAAUAUUGAAGCAAAACAAAAAUGA